AUGAAAGGAAUUCAGAUCGCAAUUGAUAGAGGUGGAACCUUUUGUGAUUUUAUUGCUAAAUUCCCGGACAGGCCAGAUUACGUAUUUAAGUUAUUAUCUGUUGAUCUCAAUAAUUAUAAAGAUGCACCAACUGAAGGAAUACGUAGAAUAUUAGAAAGAGCACAAGACAUCAAAAUUCCAAAAGAUGAAAAGCUUGGGUUAGAGUUAAUUACGAGUAUCCGGAUGGGUACUACUGUGGCUACGAAUGCGUUAUUAGAAAGGAAGGGAGCCAAAGUUUGCCUCAUUACUACCAAAGGGUUUAAAGAUGUUUUGGCUAUUGGAAACCAAACAAGACCUCAUAUAUUUGAUUUGACUGCCAAGAAGUUGGGACAUUUGUAUACUGAUGUUAUUGAAAUUGAUGAACGGGUUACCAUUGAAGGAUUUUCAGAAGGAGGUGGUGAUAAAUUGAAAAUUAUGGACUCCGGGGAGCCAGAAUUGACUCACGGUGUAACCGGAGAUGUUGUUCGGGUCAUAAAAAAACCUGACUAUGAGAAAAUAACGGAACAAUUGACCGAACUAUACAAGGGUGGUGAAAUAAAGGCCAUUGCGUUAUGUUUGUUACAUUCCUAUACAUACCCCGAACAUGAAUCAAAAAUAGCUGAGAUUUGUAGAAGUAUUGGAUUUCGAGUUUCUGUAUCUCACAAGUUACAACCUAUGAUCGGUAUGGUCAACCGUGCUUCAUCAACUGUUGCUGAUGCCUAUUUAUCGCCUAUAAUCAACAAUUAUAUUGAAGGUUUUGGUUCUGGAUUUAAGGGUGGUUUAGAAGCAUUUGGAAAUAAAUUAUUAUUCAUGCAAAGUAAUGGUGGAUUGUGUCCAUGGUACAAAUUUACUGGUUUAAAGGCCAUCUUAUCUGGUCCUGCGGGUGGUAUGGUAGGAUAUGGCGAAACUUGCUAUGAUGAUCUUUCCCAAAAGGCUACGAUCGGUUUUGACGCGGGUGGUACGUCAACCGACGUUUCAAGGUAUUCAGGUAGUUUAGAACAUAUUUAUGAUACUGUUGUCAGUGAAGUAAGUCUCCAAACGCCUCAAUUAGAUAUAUCAACCGUUGCUGCAGGAGGAGGAUCGAUGUUAUUUUGGAGAAAUGGUAUGUUUGUUGUAGGUCCCGAAUCUGCAGGAUCUGAUCCGGGGCCUGCUUGCUACAGAAAGGGUGGUCCAUUGACUGUAACUGAUGCCAAUUUAUUUUUGGGAAGAUUAUUGCCAUAUUAUUUCCCUAAAAUUUUUGGUCCAAAUCAAGAUGAAGCCUUGGAUUUUGACCUAACCUCAAAAAAGUUUAAGGAAUUAACUGAAGAGAUUAAUAAGGAUAAAGAAUCUGAAGGUAUAAAAUUAACCCCGGAAGAAGUUGCUAGUGGAUUUUUGAAAGUCGCAGUUGAAUCCAUGGCAAGACCUAUUAGAAACUUGACAGAAGCAAAAGGUUUCGUAACUUCGGAACAUAAUUUGGCAUGUUUUGGAGGAUCUGGUGGUCAAUUUUCUGUGUCUUUAUCGAAAAAUUUAGGAAUCUCACAUGUUGCAAUUCAUAAGUAUUCUUCAUUGCUUUCGGCAUAUGGUAUCUAUUUGGCAGAUAUCGUAAUUGAAAAGCAAUCACCGACAUCAUUCGAGUAUUCACAAGAGAAUUAUAGCAUCUUAGAUCAAAAAAUUGAACUGUUGGUAGAUCAGGCAUUUGAGGAAUACCAUGAGCAGGGAUUAAGUCCUCUUGAAACAUCUGUUGAGGUUUAUUUAAACAUGAGAUAUGUAGGAUCUGAUACUCAUAUAUUAAUUCAAAAGGGAAAAGAUGAAUAUAACUUAGACUCCAAAUUCAUUGAAAGACAUAACAAUGAAUUUGGCUUUACUUUGGAUAGAAAGGUCCUAGUGGACGACCUUCAAGUUUUGUUUAUAGUUAAGAGUACCAAUAAGCAAAAAAUUAACCCGUAUAAUGAAUUUGCUCAAAUGACCCACACAAAAAACGAAGAUGAAUCCAAGAUAAUGAAUAAGAUUUACUUUGAAGGUCAAGGAUGGUUAGAAUCGUCAGUUUAUCAUUUGCCUGAUUUGAAAGUUGGUACGACCAUCUGCGGACCAUCAAUAAUUCUAGAUGACACUCAAACAAUUUUAAUUGAGCCAAAGUCUCAAGCUUCAAUUUUGUCAAAUCAUAUUUUGAUUGUAGUUGAACAAGAAGAAAAGCCUAAGAUUUCAAACGAAGUUGUAGAUCCAAUUCAGUUAUCGGUAUUUGGUCACAGAUUCAUGUCUAUUGCUGAACAAAUGGGAAGAACUUUGCAGCAAACUGCAAUUUCAACGAAUAUCAAAGAAAGGUUGGACUUUUCGUGUGCUUUGUUCGAUCGUAAUGGUGAUUUAGUAGCUAAUGCACCACAUGUUCCAAUUCAUUUGGGAGCUAUGUCGUUUGCUGUGAAGGCACAGAAAGAAAUGUGGGAAGGUAAAUUGCAAAAGGGUGAUGUAUUAGUUACUAAUCAUCCUCUGGCAGGCGGAUCUCAUUUGCCGGAUAUUACAGUUAUUACUCCAGUUUUAGAUAAGGAUAAUAAUCCAGUAUUCUGGACAGCUUCAAGAGGACAUCAUGCUGAUAUUGGGUCUAUUUCAGCUGGUUCAAUGCCUCCAAAUUCCAAAACAAUUUUUGACGAAGGAGCCGCAAUCAUAACACAUAAAUUGUGUUCAGAUGGAAAGUUUGAUGAAGAAGGUAUAACCAGGCUUUUAUUAGAAGAACCUGCCAAACAUCCAGGUGGCUCGGGUACAAGAACAUUGAGUGAUAAUAUUUCCGACUUGAAAGCUCAAGUUGCGGCUAAUUAUAAGGGCAUUAUUUUAUUGAAUAGAUUGAUUGAAGAAUUCAGUCUCUCAGUUAUCAAUUUAUAUAUGGGUGCUAUUCAAUCCACUGCUGAGGUGGCCGUUAGAAAUCUUUUGAGAUUGGCAUAUGAGAAGUUUCAUGGUAAGGCAAUGCAAGCAAUUGAUUAUUUAGACGAUGGUACUCCUAUUUCCUUACAAAUAUCAAUUAACCCUACUACGGGUGAUGCUGACUUUGAUUUCACUGGUUCCGGUGAUGAAAUCUAUGGUAAUUUAAAUGCUCCCAGAGCCAUUUUAUAUUCUGCUGUAUUAUACGUCUUGAGAUGCUUGAUAAGUUCUGAUAUUCCAUUAAAUAAUGGUUGUUUACGACCAAUCAAAUUCAAGACAAGGGAAGGCUCAGUAGUUCAUCCCUCUAUUGAGGCGGCGGUUGUUGGAGGUAAUGUGGAAACUACACAACGGAUCGUUGAUGUUAUGUUAAAAGCAUUUGAAGCAGCUGCAGCAUCACAAGGAACAUGCAAUAAUUUUUCUUUCGGGAUCAACGAUAAGGAAAAUAAAAUAUCGUUUGGUUAUUAUGAAACGAUUUGCGGAGGGUCUGGUGCAGGACCCACCUGGGAUGGACAAAGUGUUGUUCAAUGUCAUACGACAAACACUAGAAUCACAGAUACAGAACUAUUUGAGAAGAGAUAUCCGGUAAUUAUCCACGAGUUUUCAAUUAGACAUGGAUCUGGAGGAAACGGUUUACAUAAGGGGGGCAAUGGUGUUAUUAGGGACAUUCAAUUCACUUAUCCUAAUUUAGAAGUUUCUUGUCUUAUGGAAAGAAGAGCGAUGGCACCGUUUGGGUUACUCGGGGGAGAAAGUGGUUUGCGAGGUGUAAAUAAGUGGUAUCGAAAAUCUGAAACUAGUGAUGGAUAUAGAAGAAUAUUCCUUGGUGGAAAAUGUACUGUUAAAGUCAGUAAAGGUGAUAGAAUUCUAAUUAUGACACCUGGUGGUGGUGGCUUUGGUACGAGUGCUCAAACAGAUGAAAAAACUGUUAAUUUCCCAGUUGACAGUACUAAGCCCAGUAUUUUGACCGGCUCUGUUGGGAUGAGAAGUAGAAUCCAAGACACUAACUAA